CUACAGUUACAUUCCGUCUUUCGCUCGUGGCUGAUUAUGCCCAGUCAAGUCGUUCAAGCUGCUCCACCAUCACAAACAUUCCCUCUGGGAAAUUGUGAUGCGGUUAUUGCACAGUCAAUACACGGUGACCAGACGGCAGAUGUUGUCGUGCAAGUACGGGCUAUCUUCCAGCCCAUUCCGCCUUGCUGCGCCAUGCUUCCCCAUUACCUCGCAGAUCAGCCACUCCUUUAUGUGCAGUAUUAUGAGAUUGUUGGUCAUCCACGCAAUGAUCCUGCCACCAGCAUGUAUACGGUGGCUCGACAAUAUCACCAUGGAUCCGACGGUCAGAGGGUGAGAUUGGGCGCAGUAAUCCCUCUCACAGAUGUCGCGCACGCGGUAGAACUUAUCCCUGUGUAUGGCGAAGAUGCUGACCAUACGGUGAGUGCAGCGACAAGUAUGGAGAUAUACGAGCACUUUUACCUGAACAAUUUCUCGGACAAAGAGCUAUAUCAUGCAUUGCGCUCAGACUUGCACUAGUUACAUUUUUGU